UUACGAUUCUGAGCGGUAGUAGAUGAUCUACGUUAAGCGCAUCGCAUUCUCCCAAUACUCUCUACCACAGCAGGAAGUACUUGUUUAACGGAUAGUGUGUGGACAACAGGCAGACCAGGGAUUUUAGUUAUUCUCCCGAUGAUUUGACUGGACAGAUUAUUCGAGCGUACAAGUCAAUCAGUCGCCCUUAUUAGUUGGCGCAGUUCACUUCUCACUUGAGUCGUGAUACUGAUCACCCGAAAUGGCCAACAGACUUUUCAUCUAUUUACUUCUGAUAUUUUUCGUAUUCAACGUUCCAAUACUCCACUCAGAUGCUGCACACGAGCCUCAAAUUUGUGGCCGGACAAAAUGCAGUGUUGGCAGCGAAGCAAAGUUCAAGUACUCAAAAGGAAUAGUAUAUAAAUACCAGCAUCAAGUCGAUGUGAACAUAAACUUAGGAAAUGGAUCCAGCACCUCAGAGCUGCACAUUGAGUCUACAAUAUCUCUAAAAUUUCUAACCCCCUGCGAAGCAGAGCUGCGAGUGACCAAAACAAGUAUCCGUCAUGCCACGCGAGGAAAAUACGAUGCAGAUUUCCCAGAUCGGUCUGAAGCGGACUUCAAAGAAGCCCUGGAGCACUACAGUCUCCGAUUUGCGUUCGAAGACGGGCAGGUCCGGGAGCUGUGUCCCAAUUCCGAGGACCCGAUUUGGGCGAUAAAUAUCAAGCGAGGGAUUCUGUCAAUGCUUCAAAAUACCAUGAAGAGAUUCGACGUGGACCAUCACACAGACGAGCUGGACGUAAACGGAAUCUGCGACACGCGUUAUCGUCUUCACGAGGCGCGCAAGACUAGUUUGAUUAUCAAGAAGAGCAAAAAUUUGAACGGCUGUAGCAAUAGAGGCAAACAUUUGUCUAUAAUUCAGUCUAAUACUUACGCAAGUCCUCGAACUCACACCCAAACGGCGCUGGUCGACUCUCAGUAUGACUGUGAGAUUGUUUUGGACCACAAUAUUUAUGAAAAAGUGACUUGUCAAGAGUUUCAUCGUCUUCAGCCGCUGUCCAGUGGCGACACUGGAGUGAGGACAGAAAUUCACUCAAGCCUCGUGCUGGUUGAAGAAGUCGAAGCUGAUUUAAACGCCGAGGAUGAAGAGAACGAGUUUGGAAGCAGGGAAGAUGAUGAAGCUAAAGACAGCAAGCCGGCAAAUCCUAAAAUAAUCCCCACGAAUUUAUUGUACGACCACUCAGCGACUGCUUUUUCCAGUCGAACGAUUCACGGAGAGCUUAGAACGACGCGGGAUUUACUGAAGAACAUGUGUCUUCUCGGGUCUAGCAGUCAGCUCGAGCAAGCAUUCUCGGAGUACUUCAGCAAGUUCGUGCAUUCCGCCCGGUUCCUCGAUUAUUUGUCACUCUCUCAGCUGCUGGUCCGCGCGGAAGGAACUUGCGAGGGCGGAAGGAAGCAUGUCCUAGAUGCGCUUCCGUUUAUCGGGACCAGCGCGGCUGUUAAGGUGAUGCGUGACGCAAUGCUGAAGAAAACAAUCACCAAGGAGAGGAGCGAGUCCUGGAUAACCGCAAUAGCUCUGAUUCCAAGACCAGAUGCUUCGACGGUCGCGGCAUUGUUGCCUUUGCUGGAGCUCGGGCGUGAAGACGCGAACGGUCAUUUAAAUCUCGUUUACUCGGCGGUCGUUCGAGCAUUCUGUCUCCACAAUAUCGGAAAUACUGCGAGCCAAAGACAGCAUCCGAGCUUUUUGCACUCCGAUGACUGCUUGAGCAUCGGAGGAACUGGGAUAGAUCGAUUUCUCGAUCACCUGGAAUCCUCCAUUGAGACCGGGUGCGCUCCCCGAGCCCACGAUGACGAAGAAAUAAAACGAACUUUGGAAGCUCUUAAAGCCAUUGGGAACAUGGGACUUGAAAGAGAUGGACUGCUAGAUAAGCUCGAGGUUUGUAUGGAGAACAAAGGAGGAUUUAUCUCUAUGGAGACAAGGAUAGCGGCUAUUGACGCCCAUCGGCGCUUACCUUCUUGCCAGAAAACUCGUGACCGUGUUUUCCUUCCCUACUAUCGGAAUGUCACCCUUGAACCUGAGAUACGAAUUGCCUCUUAUUUACAAGCGAUGCGCUGUCCUGAUUAUAAUGUUGUCAAAACGAUAAAGCAUACUCUCAAAGAGGAGCCUAUCAAUCAGGUUGGAUCAUUUGUCUGGAGCCAUUUGACAAACUUGAUUGCCUCGUCAUCGCCGACGAAAAUUCAGGUCCAAAGUUUGCUCUCCGAUCGGGAUUUGAGCGAUAAGUUCAACAGCGAUGGAAGAAAAUACUCCCGUAAUUACGAGAAAUCAUUUUUCUCCGAAGAAUACAAUGUUGGCGGUACCUUCCAGGCGAACGUUAUAUUUUCAUCUAAAUCAUUCGUACCGAGAACGCUGACAUUUAAUAUAAGUCUUGACUUAUUCGGAGAAUCGGUCAAUGUCAUCGAGGCGACCGUACGAAUGGAGGGUAUGGAGUUCUACAUUGAGAGAUUUUUUGGACCAAAUGGACCGUUUGCCAAUGAAGAAAUAUCCCGGCACAUAAAUACCCUGCUGAGGAGUUUGAGGUCCGCCGGUGAAGCGGAAAAUUAUUGGGAGAGCUUGAAAACUUUGCCAAAUAUUAUAGACAAUAAUUUCAAUGACCCGCGGGUCAGUUUUUCCUACAAAAUAUUCGGCAAUGAGCUGGAGUUUGUGAUGCUGAGGGGCAAGGAAGAAAUAGCCAAAUCGCUGGCCUCUUUUGAUCCUUGGGCGAAGAUUAGAAAUUUAUUGUCUGGUCGGGAAAUCCACUACGAGUACACAGGAAUGUUUUUAGAUGCAAGUUAUAUUGUUCCGAGUACCGCGGGCUUACCGGUCCGCUUGGAUCUAUCAGGAUCUGGAGCUUGUAACUUUAAAUUCUCCGGGCUCUUGGACAGCGAGCGUUUUAUGAAAAAUACUGAAAUGCAACUUGUUGGAAAUUUAUCUCCAAGUGUGAGUAUUGAUGUAACGGGAAAGAUGACUGUAGACGCGUUUUAUAAAAGUGCGUCGAUGAAACUAGUAAGCAAUGUUUACUCCUCGAGCGCCGUGAGAGUCGACCUGGACAUUCAGGGCAUCAAACUCGUCAGGCUAAAUCUCCAAGUACCGAAUCGUAAAUUACAAGUAUUCACAAUACAGAGUAAUAUUCUUCUUGUGAAUGGGAACGGGGCUGAGAUUACGGAAAAUCCGGCGUUGACAUAUAUACAACUUCCCAAUAAAUAUAAAACCAUUGCCAAUUCGAGUUGCAGUUGGCCAGUGGUUGAACAAUUAAUUGGUUUAAAACUUUGUUUCGACUAUCAAUUUCCAAACGUCACAGAUAUUGCCAAUGCGCCAUAUUUCUUUCUGAAUGGUCCUACUUUCCUCCGUACAUCUAUCAUCAAAGCUGAUCCAAGCGCUAAGAGUUAUCUUUUUGAAUACACGUGGAAUGCAACACCAACUGAUAGCGAAUUGAGAUUAGCUUUUGAUACUCCUGGGUCAUUAAUAAACCGUGAAUCCAGCGCGACUGUUAGUUUUGACGCCAAAACACGGAAUGUCAGUGUUUUACUUAAGUCAGCAGGAAAUAGUCUUGUAGCGAAAGGUACUUACAAGCGAACUGAAGAUGAGACGAUGAUCAAUAUUGGUCUGGAUAUUAAUGGAACAAAGCAUUUGGACGGAUACAUUGGAUAUCAAAGAAAGCCGAGUAACCAUGGAUUUACUUACUUACCAAAACUCGACGUAAGAGUAAACGAUGAAAAAAUAGUCGAGCUAUCAGGGUCAGUAAAAAAUAUCCAUAAAAACAACGUGACUCAGUGUGACAUAGAUCUGAAUUUCCAGACUAAGAAAAUAAAAAGCCGAGUACGCGGAUACAUUAUGAAGAGAAACAUAAGUUUGACCGGCAAUGUAAGACUCGAGUACCAGCUGAAGAAUAUGAAUAAAGAAACUCUGCAAAUAGAAAUAGCAAUAACAAACCGCUCGAGCAAAACAUUAACCCACAAAGAAGCUAAUUUGAAGAUACAGUCCAGCGCUUAUCCAGAAUUGAAUGCAAUAAUAGACACGUGGUACCAGCAAGCUCUGGGUCACUUGGAGCUGCAUAUGGAGAUAAACGGAAAGCCGCAUUUGAAAGACGACCGUCAUAAGCUGACGACUCAAUUAGUUUUGACGUAUUCUAAAGCAUACUUUCAGAGUCAAGAAGCUAAAAUGAAUGCAUUUAUUGCCAUCAGCAAACCGAUUCAGAAUAUUGACAUUAAAAUUGGCAUCCAGCGGUUUUCUAUUGGCCCGACUUCUAAAACGUACUUAUUGAUUAGGUACGCUCCGGGAAAAGAAAUAACUCUGGCAGUAAAUUUAGUGAUUCCUCGUGGGUCUAUGUUCGCGAUAGAAGGCCACGCGAAUAUGACAAUCCCGAAUUUAGAUUCGCUUUUAAUUGACGUCCGUAUCACAGAAAAAGCUCGCGGAGAAUACGACCUCGACUUUGCGGGCACUUGGUUCAGCGGACACAAUGCGACAAUUCGCGGUACUUAUGCCGAUAGAUCAGUAAUAACCAGCGAACGCCGCAUCCUAAGCCACAAUCUUAAAUUAAUCUUAAGAUCACCGAGUUUGUCUCAAGACAUUUUAUUUAAUUGCAAAUAUUACCGCGAUCAUGUCGAUACCAAAUUAGACGUUGUGGUAGAAUAUCUAGACGCUGAUAAAUACGCAAUAAAAUAUCAGAACUCAAUUAUAUCUUUGACGCGAUUCUUGACCUACGCCGAGGCGAGAUUUAAGAAUAAUGUUUACGCUGUCACGGCAAAUAUAGACGUAGAAAGAGAAGUCAGACUGGAGUUACAUCUUGACAAUUGGAGAGAUGUUCAUCUGAUCGCGACGGCUAUAAAUCAAGAUACGAGCAAGGAAUUUGGUUUUGAACUAAAGUGGGACGCCAACCGAGAUCCAGCGAUGAAAUUUACUACUCUCCUUCAAUUCAAUAAAUUUUAUCAAGAUCAUCUGACGCUGUCGCGCAAUCUAACUGGUACAGCUAUGAUUUCUUACCCCGGAAGACUAUUUACUGGCUCUUGUUUCCUCGGCGUUCUCCAGGGACACAAUUACGUCCUAGAUGCUUACAUAGACUGGGACCCGACCAAGAGCAUAAGAAUUACCAUCGACGCGGACUACGACCCGAAAAACUGGAAGAAUUACUUCAAAUUUGACAGCCAAAUGCUGACGCCUUACGAACAAUGGAAGAAGACUUCAUUGAACGCGAGGUACCACUGGACGGGUCAGGAAUUUAAAGCAGACUGCGGGAUUAAUUGGCAAGACAAUCAGCGGUUCUUAAUUCAAAUUUACUCUAGCUCUCAGGAAACUAAAAAUGUUAUCGAGUGGAAAGCUGACUGCGGAUUAACGAGUACUGUUCACUCAAUUGGCUGGAUAACAACUAACUUAACGCAUAAAAUAAUUCAUGACUCCAGCACCACCACUUUCGACUCUCAUUUCCUCGUAAAUUACAGCCCGGACAAAGUUAUAGACUUGAGGAGUCUCUGGCAUUUAAAUGAAGCUGUGAAUCCUGAGGACAAUGUCACUCUCGCUGGAAAUUUAAGAUUCGUUUCGCCCUUUGAUAAUUACGAGUCAGGAGAUAUCAAGUGCCAGAUGAGGAUGAUGUCCAAUUGGAAGUUUGACGGGUACUCGAGUAUUGAAAUAGACACAAGAAGGUACACCGGAGUCUUGCAGGGCGAUCUGACGCGCAUAAAAGAGUCUAUGGUGCAAUUCAACAUCACAACUCCGCUGGAAAAGUACUCGUUUGUCCGAGGAAGGUUCGGGUUGUCGGAGCGCAAUAAGCAUGUUGUUGCUGAGCUGGUCUUGCCCUCGGGCCCGAUUGGAGUCGAGGCGCUUUGUCAGCUUUUUACGGCGACCAGUUAUGACUUUAAUGUCAUGCUUCGCUUGUCUACUCCAAUUGAAGCGCUGCAGAAAUUUAUGUUAAUCACCAAACUGGCUAAAACAGAAGCUGACUUUAGGAUUGGGUAUAAUAAUAUCACUGCGGGAUUUACUGCCGUCUGGCACUACAACAAUCUUACUGAUUUCCACUACAGCUAUGUCCUUUUUACCCCGAUUCACGGACUUCACGAAAGCGGUGUUGUGGCUAAGUUAAUUUUAACUGAUAAAAGCGAUGAAGCAAAUCGCUUUUCUGGAGCUCUGGACACUGAAUUUUCUAUUAGGAUUGUCGAAACUAAAUUCGGGGUUCAAAUUAACGCCGGACCUAAAUUUUCUCCGCUUCAAAUGCUCUCCGAGGAAGAAAGACUCAUUGAAUUGAGCUUUGAGCCGGAAGAUGAUGACUUUAGUUGGCGAGGUGAUGUCGAGAUAAACGCUGCAAUAGUUGAACCGAUAAUCGGUUCCCUGGAUUUAGACAAGCAAGGACGGAUGUAUCAAGUCGCCGGAGUACUUCGUAUUCCUCAGGGCGCGAUUACUCUGAAGGAUAGAUUCGUGAUGGAGGACUUUUUCGAUAUGAAGAAUACGCUCGAAAUAAAAACACCGUUCACCAGGGCAUCGGAAGUAAAUUCUCAGUACGUAUUCAAAGUAGACAUGGAGAACUCGGUCUACUUGCUGGAUAUGAAUUUGCGGGUCAAUAAAAAUGACUCGACGACGUGGAUUGAAACUGGUCUUCGGGGAAAUUAUUCAUACAUGGAGCACGACGAGGACGACUCUAAGAUCCACAAGUUACAUAUAAUAUUCAAUACUCCGACGAUAUUUAUUGGGUAUGUAGACGCUCAGGGGACACUUGAGCUCGACGAAAGUACUUAUAAAACUAGUAUUGCUGUUAAAACGAAUGAGAGUAAAGCAGAAUUCGCGGGAUCUCUGGAGUUGGAGGAGGCCUUUUUCGAGGGCUCUCUGACCACCAGCAUCGAUUCGCCCUAUUUUAGCAUUCCCAAGGUGAAGAUAGAUCUUAAAAAGGACUUUUUCGAAGCGGAAAAACGUUUAGAGUGCAGCAUUGAAAUGGAUAACGACAAAGAAAAUCGGUGUCAAUUACGCUUGCAGUGGAACAUUAAAUCCGAAGACAAUGUUAAAUUAUUUGUCGGAGUUAAAACGUGGAUAGUACCUCUGGAAAAUAUUGAAUUCGACGUAAACUAUGACAAUAAUUUAUCACGUGAUAAAACUUUGGCCGUGCAGUCGAAAUUAAAAUAUCUUGAAAGUGAGUAUAAAUUAUCGGGCGCUUUGCGUUCUAACGGCACAAUCGAUAUUGACUUCGAAGGACCUCAAGACUCUCGGGGUUUCGACUGUCGAUUUGACGGUCUGCUUGACUCAGAUAAUAAACUUACCGGAAAAUUGAUAAAUUUAGGUACAUCUAAAAUUUAUAACGUCGAGGGUUUAUUCAACGUCGCUAGAAAAGACCCGGAGACUUCUAAAUUAGAUGCCCGGAUAACUCUAACUCCGGAAAACGAACAAGAACAAGAAGAACCUCAUACCAUAAAUUUUGUCCUUACUCGCGAAAAGUACGGACUGGAUUUAAAAGUCGCAAGUGAGUCUACAAACGGCAGUGCAUCACUCAGCUACAUCAAUCCGCUGAAUUGGGACGUAAGUCUCCAAGCAGAUUCUUCAACCAAGGAAUCAGAGGUUAAAAAAUACCAAUUAAAUGCAUUUACAAGCGUUCAAGUUAAUGGAAACACCAGUGUCUACAUCAAUGUUCUCACCCCGUGGUCAGAAUUAGAAAACUUUGAGCUUGAGGGCAACCUCCUGCUUACAAAUCACAGCGGGGACAUGAGAAUAAAGCACGAUCUCAAUGAAAAUAAUGGACACCUGAAUCUAGCCUGGAAACUUCUCUACAUGAGCGACAUGUUUUUGAAAUUGAGCGGCGGAAGGAAUGACAAGGAUGUUGAUGUUCAUUUGUUCUUUGUAAAUCCCCAACGCGCUUUCCGAAAUGUCAAUGUGGGAUUCGACAUUGCGGUUGAGAAAGAACUGUGGAGAUGCGCCGCGAAUACCAGCGUGGGGUACCGCGAUAAUGACAACAUCGACGUGGUUAUCGCGGUUCGACUUCCACCGCCCAAUAAUGAUGAUCAUCGGGUUUUAGUUAGUUAUCACGCGAAGGGAGGCAUUCAGGACGCGACUUACGUCGUGGGAUAUAAUGCCGCCAAGGCGAAGAUUAAUUACGUUUCAGACGGCUCAAUUCGCAUGGCGGAAAAAAAUCUAGACGCCCACGUUCGAUUUGCUUGGGAUGAUUUACCGAGCAGUGCUAUUAAUAAUCUUUUGAAUGUUACUUUCGAUCAAAAGCGGAUCGGGCUGAAGUACUCUCUGUACACCCCUCAGGCUAGGAAUGGAGAAACAGCUAUUAUUUUAUUCAACUACGACGGGCAGAAAGUCGAGGAAAGUAUUAUAGACACUGAAAUUUAUUAUCCAGCUCGGCGACGCAUGGGUACUGCACACAUUUCUUACUCUAGUUUAUCGAAUAUCAAUGGUACUUUAAAUGUAACGACACCGAUGCCCCGUUUCUCUUAUGCAGCUUGCAAUUUUAUUGUACUUACAACGUUAAAACAAACCAAAAGAUUUGUCCAAGUAUUUUGGGGAAAUGAAAGCGCAUUGUUCAACUCAGACUAUUCUUACCACAGCGAAAGAUUAGAUUCAAAUCUAGAAGGAAUAGUCCAACUAGAAGUACCCCUUAGUACCCGUCAUAUCGCGGAUCUAAAUUACGGCUACAAAAAACGUCCGCAAGUGACAACGGGUCACGCGGACUUAAUUUACAACAAAGAAAAAAUAGUCAUAGCUCGUUACAAUUCGAAAGGAGAGUCACGUGCGGGCUUUGAGAAAGACAGCAUCCAAAUAACUCUUGAGAAUUCUUAUCAACCACUCGGUAUUACGUACGUCAAUCAAUACACGUACAGCGCGGGUAACGCCGGAACAAAUUACCCGACAGUAGAAUGGAGACGUGUCAAUGUCUACCGCCUCGACAAUAGCACAGCUUUCAAUAUCGCGGGAGAAUCUAAAGUUAAAACAUUCCACGAGGGCCAGGAAAUGCAAUUCAAAGCCGAACAUUUAAAUCGCACUGUCAAUCUUAUAACAGACUACCGCGUAUUACCGGGCGAAUUCGAUCAUAACUGUCGCAUAGAACUAGCUGAAGAUGCCUGGGCAGCCUAUAAAUUAAAUAUCAUCAAUAAGACAACUGAAGAAGUCGACAAUCAAUUUAUAAUCAUAAACAUUUCUUAUCCCUGGAGGAAUAUCAGCUUGGACGGAUUUUACUGGAUAGCAGCCGGAGAAUUAAACUCCGAAGCAAAGCUUCAUUGGAACAAAACCGCUAGCAAUUACGCAGAGGAGGAGUCUAGUUACAUGUAUGACGAGGAAGAAUUACUUCAGAGUAGCUUAAGAGAGCGCACAAUUGGAGUUGCAUUCUUGUGGAAAAACGUCACCGACAGCGACGAUCACGGAGAUAGGCAGAUGGCUGUUUUUAGUUUGAAGCAUCCUGGGUUCAGUAAAGACGCAACAGUAACAGGCUAUUUAAGCAGAAGAGAUAAGACAACUGUGCUAAACGCCAGCCUCGUUGUAGAUUACUCCGAUAAUCCCGACAAACUCGUGAAGCUCUUCACUGUUAUCAAUAACGAGACACGUGAGCCCGAUGAAUUUCGGUGGAGUUACGUAAUCAGCGGGAAGCAUCCGCAAACAAGGCUAGAUCUUGAUAUUCACGGGUACAUUCACAAAAAUUCAAGCUACUUUGUACAAACGGACCACAAUGCUAAAUUCCGACGCAGUUAUCUUCCAGAGGAAACAGGCAAGCUCUACUCGAGAUUCGAUCCCGAUAAUUACCAAGUGGAGUAUCAUAGAGAGAGCACCGACCUUACUAAGCACCUAGAUCUGGCUUACUACCCGCUGGACAAAGAGUAUGUCAUCAACGGCAGCAUAAUUGACUCUCCGAAAGAUUUAAACGCCUCCGGAGCACUUUACUUGAAUAUUCCAGAAAAACUGACCUGGCUGAUGGUCAAUUACACGCCUGACUCAACCAAAAGCCUCCGAAUGUACGGAAACAUUCCAGACGCCCGCAAUGGAGUUUUCAAUAUCUGGAGAACGUAUGAGCGUGAUCUAGUGAUUUCAGAUGUUGCUUUUUAUUUGUGCUUGAACCAUUCAAGGCUGGUCACUUCUACUCUCAAGUGGCGGCCUGAAUUGAGGAGCGACUUGACUAACUUUGUAAAAACUACUUUUUCCGAUUUUUACAAUGAUGUUAAUAAAGACUUAGAUUACUGGAAGCACUACGUAAGGAGUGAGAUUGUCAGCACCACAUCAGACAUUUGGGAAAAUGCUCAAGAGGAUUUGCAGAUGUUGGUUGAAGAUUGGAAUAAUUUAAAAGAGCUUGAUGAGGACUUAAAUAGGCUCAAGGUUUAUUUAAAUGACUCUUACAAUAAUAACGAUUUUUAUAUGAAGGAUUUGAUGGCUGUUGGAGCUUAUGUUAUUGAUGAACUAGCUCUGAGGAGCCACAUCGACUCGCUUCCGAAUAUUUUGAACGAAAUUUGGGAAAUCAUGGGCGAGUCUGGACGAGCUAUUCGCAAUUCCCUUAUCUGGGUGAUUGAAGCGGUCAAAAAUGGGUACAAAAAAUUAACAGAGAUUGUAAGUGCGAUUCUAAAAGGAGAAUCUAUCACGCAGAUUGCUAAUAUUAUUGAAAAAAUUGUGGAAAAGUAUGAUAAAUUUAUCAAAGACUUGCACGUGUCGUUUAUCAAGUACAUGGAGAAUUUGUGGAACAAGAUGUCUUUUGCGAUAACUCAGCAGUGGGAUAAAGUAUUGAAGAUGAUAGAGCCGAUGUUUUUGAGAGUUCUGCACUACAUUGAAGACGUUUUGUGGAAAGCUAGCAAAGAAGUCGUGGACUUUUUGUACGACCGUAGGAAUGAGUUGAUAAAAUCCCCUUACUUUGAUCGGUUCACUAACUUUACUCAGGACGUCGACAAACUGUACCGCGACAUAAAAGCCAAUGAUAUUAUAACAAACAUACGCAAGUACUCGGCGAUUGUAAUAAAUUUUAUACGUGAGCGGUACUUUACUAUGGUGCCUUUUGGGAAUGAGCUUAAAGAUCUGGUCGAAGAAAUAGCAGCUGAAAUAGCGGAGCUUAGGAAGCUUCCGAGUAUAAACUUUGCGUUAGAAAAAAUUCAUUAUAUUUACGACAGAGUGAGCUAUUUUUAUCAGUACUUUGGAAUUCAGAGUAAAAUAGAAAACGCGAUUAAGAUAAUUCAUUCAAAAUUGAUGGACAUAAGUCAAACUGCCCUUCAAGCUGAAAGUAAAUACCGCGAAGCUAAAACUAAGUUUAUUUUUGAUCCCAAUGAUGGGUUGAUGUGCUUGGAGCAAAAGUUGCCGAUGUCUUGGCACGCGUUCAAUCAAACUCCGGAGUUUCAGGAGAUUCCUGAGUACCGCGCGUUGGUGGAUGUUCAAAAUUACUUCACUGCUUCUAAUACGACUUUCUGGACGCUUUAUUAUCGCUACAAGCCUUACAGUGAUCCUUACAAUUGGCUGCCACCGUUCAAAGCUCAAGCGAUGAUUGUUGGGCGCCAGCAUUUCGUCACUUUUGAUGGGAGACAUUAUGACUUUGCUGGGACAGAAACUUAUCUGCUGGCUCAUGAUUUUAUAGACAACCAAUUCGCUGUUUUUAUUUCUUAUUCGCCAAAUGAAAGUAAUUCUUCGGUAAUUGAUCACAAAAUUAUAGUGACAAUUGGAGAGCAGAGUCUGCUCGUGGAUCUUUUUAACGACAGCAUUAAAUUCGCGGAUUCAAAUGCGGUUUUGAGAUUGCCAGCAGAGCUGAAGAAUUCCACGGGGUUCGUUUAUCAAGAAGAGAGCAUUGUAACAAUUGAACUGAAGAACAAUCAGUUUAAACUCAAGUGUAACUUCAAGUAUGACGUCUGUGUGAUCCAAUUAUCCGGUUGGUUCUUUGGAAAAACUGCUGGGUUGCUCGGAACGAUGAACAACGAACGCUGGGAUGAUACCAUAGGAUCUGAUGGUAGAGUUACUGAAGAUAUUACCAGCUUCGCUGGUAGUUGGUCAGUUUCUCAAGCUGGGUUAGUAAAGACGACUUCUAACCUGGCUCACGUCGGCUACAGCAAAUCAGAGUCUUUUGAUCUUUGUUUAAAUUUGUUCGGGAACCAAAGUUCCGAGUUUAACGACUGCUUUAUGGUCGUUGAGCCGCAAUAUUAUACCGAAGCCUGUUUGAAUACCAGAUCAAUGUCCGAAGUAUGUACACUCGCUAUUUCAUAUAUGCAAAUUUGUGGCUUCUACGAUACGUAUCUGAGAAUACCGGACAAAUGUACUACUUGCACAAUGACCAACGGCUCCAGUGUACUGGAAGGAGAGUUCCGUAAACUGGAAAAUUCAAAUGUUCCCAAUUCUACGGACGUUGUGUUCAUUGUCGAGGCUAAAUUAUGCAAUGAAAAUAUCAGGGAAAACCGGAGUAUUGAUCUUCUUGUUACGCAACUUGAUAAAGAGUUGACGGAAAAUAAUUUUAAAGACAAUAGAUGGUCUUUGGUGGUGUUUGGUGGGGAUGGUGUUUAUGAUACUCCGAAAAGUCACACGCUGGAUAGUAGAAUAUUUUCCGAUGAUGUCAAUAGAUUUGUUAAUUACUUUGAUAAUAUCAAAGUCGGGGACGGCAAUCAGGAUGUCUUUUCAGCGAUUGGGUUCGCUUCUCAAUUAGUAUUUAGAGCUGGAGUUUCCAAAACGUUUAUAUUGAUGCCGUGUUCUCACUGCGAGUCGCUAAAUCAAACGCUUGAUUAUUCAGUACUGCACCAAGUUUUGCUGGAACACGACAUUACGCUUCACAUCCUCAUGGACGGGGACUUUAAUUUCAAGAAGCAGAGAUUGAAUAAAAUAUUCUACGGGCUAGACGCUACAAAAUCUUACACUAAAAAAGAUGCCAAGGUCUUGGUGGGAGAUGUGGAUCUGAGAAGACAAGUUAAAUUGCCAAAAAGUGCUCUAGGAUACUGCACCCCUUUGUCGCUUGAGACCAAUGGCACAAUUUUCAGCGGAAAUAAACUUCAGCUGGAUAAGCCGUCGUCAAUUAAAAAAUUCGCGAAUGUAUUCGCGAAAAGAGUCGCCUUGACAGCGCAAUCUAGUCCUUGUCAGCACUGCGAGUGCACGGCUGAUAAUGACGGAGUUACUCGCAUGGAGUGCAUGCCUUGUGCCUAUCCUAUGCCUGCUGCGGUCGAUUACGUCAGUGAAACAUUCAACGAAGACGAUACAUACUCACUGCUUCAACCGCUGGAAGCAGAUUACGCUCAACUGGAUGGUGAGGAUGAUUAAAAUAACUUGUAGAACUAAAGAGAAUGUUAAUUAAAAAUAAUAUCACGUUAAA